UUGAAAAAGUACUUGGCUUCCCUUCUCUGCCACAAAAAGUUUGGCACWGARUUUGUGACACAUGGUGGUGUUCAAAGGAUGYUAGAAGUACCACGGCCAUCAGUCGCAGCUACUGGUGUCUCAAUGUGUUUGUAUUACCUGGCAUACAAUGAGGAUGCCAUGGAAAGGGUUUGCCUUUUACCCUACCCAGUCCUGAGUGAYAUGGUCAAGUAUGCAUUAUGGUURCUGGAAUGCUCCCAUGAUUCAGGACAUUGCCAUGCUACRUUAUUUUUUGCACAGACGUUUUCUUUCCGUGCUGUUCUUGAACUGUUUGAUGCAGAUGAUGGUUUGAGAAAACUAAUCAACCUGCUCAGCACUCUUCCAAUUCUGCGUGCUGAGGAAGCAGAACUAUUAAAUGAUGAUGAAGUAUUUGGAAGUCGGCAAACAGUCAAGCAUACAUUAAUGGCAUUACGCAAGUACUUCAGUGCUCAUUUGUUCAUCAGAGCUGAUGCAGUGAGAAGGUCCCUGGCACGUAAUAUGGGUAGUACUCCCCCUGUACCUGUACCGGCAUAUAAGGCUCUGUCAUUAAGUAUGGAUGGUUUUUCAGACAAUGUAGAUCUUUUGCUUGAGCAUACAUCAAUGGCUGUGAACUGGGCACCACUAGAGAUGAUGCACAAUUUACAAGGGUUUACUUUGAUUCUUCAAGUGAUUGCAUUGUCAGCUGACUGGAGAGCAUACAGCUGCAGGAGUGAUGUAACWCGAUUGGCCUUGGAGAUGCUGUUUAUUUUAACUGUAAACCCUAAAGCUAAACUUGCAUURAAUGAACAGAUAGCAACCCCCUCAGGCGAUAUGAUGAGUGGAAUGAGACUACUUCUUCGUGCAGCUGAGGGUGAACUUGUUUCUGACAUUGACAUACAGUUCGCUGCAUUGUAUGUGAUUUGUAACUGUGUGUACAAACCAAAGCCAACAGGAAAUACACCACUUGCUCGUAGUAAUGUGCGAACGAAAACACCACAUAGAAGUGAAAAACAUGAUGAGAUUACAACUAAAAUGUGGUCCUCAGUGCGUAGCAGCAAUGGCAUAAAGGUGUUACUGAGCCUGCUCUUAGUGAAGACACCUCUGGUCAGUGCUGAUAAGAUCAGAGCUUUGGCAUGUAAAGCAUUGUGUGGUUUGUCAAAGAGUGAUAAGAUUAAACAAGUUAUUGGUAAACUUCAAUUAUUUAACAGUGGUCAGCUACAAAUCCUUAUGCGUGAACCUAUUUUAGAAGACAACAUGGCUGAUCACAUGUCAUUCUGUAAAUAUGCUGCUAGUCUACUAGAAAGAGUUACCGGGAAACCUUUAGGGAACACUACUGUGGCUGUACCAUCAUUGUCAAGGAUAACCAAGGCUGAUGUAGUUGCACAAACUCGUAUUACAUACCCUGAGAAAGAACUUCUACAACUGAUUUACAAUCACCUUGUAUCUAAAGGUCUUGAUGAAACUGCUAAACAUUUAUUAACUGAAGCUAAACUCCCUUCACCAAAACCAGCAUUAGCCUCACCAAUUGGCAGCCAGAAGCGUCCUAUAAGUAGUUCCGUUUCCAUAAAUACACCAUCAACACCAACGAUGUCCAAGUACCGUUAUGCAGAACCAGUAACACCAUCAUUAAAGCGUUUAUUACCAGACACUUUAUCGAAAGAGGAAGGGGAUGAAGAGGAUGAUGAYGACGACGAUGAYGAAGAUGAYGAYGACGACGAUGAUGACGAUGAUGAUGACGCUGAUGACGUAGAGAUAAUGAUGUCAGAUCAUGAUGACUUCGAAUCGGAUGAYGAUGAUGACGUCAUGAUGUUUUAA